GAAGGUGCCAUGGCAGUGAUGGCACUGGAGGCCACAGUUACGUUGGCUGUCCCGAGAGGAACUCACCCUUUCACAUACCUGACGAUGUGAUAGACAAUAUACUUUUCCGUUUUUUGAUGCAACUCUUGCAUUAUCUGACUGCGAGGCAGAGUGACAUGAAGUGUUAACGAUGUCUGACGACACGGGUCCAACCCAAAUCUCAGAUGAGGAGUGUCUAAAAGAACGAAAAUGGUGGUACUUCUUGCUGUCGAGUAUCUUCACGUUCUUAGCGGGGAUCUUCAUAGUUCUGAUAUGGCGGGCCUUCUCCUUCCUCUGCUGCCGGAACCGGGACCCCUCGGAGUACCAAAAGCAGCAGGAAAAGGAGAAACUGCUAGCACAGCAGCAGGGACAACCCCCUGGCCAGCCCAAACCCAAGAACCUGAUGGAAGGGAACUUCGUCACAGAAGCCAAGGACUGGGCGGGGGAGCUCAUCUCGGGCCAGACCACAACAGGCAGAAUCCUGGUGGUGCUGGUGUUCAUCCUCAGUAUCGCCUCUCUCGUCAUAUACUUCAUUGACGCAUCAAACAUGGAGGACGGCGUGGAACACUGCCAGCCGUGGAGCGCGAACACAACACAACAAAUAGACUUAGCCUUUAAUAUAUUUUUUAUGGUCUACUUUUUUAUACGUUUUAUAGCGGCGAGUGAUAAACUAUGGUUCAUGCUGGAGAUGUAUUCCUUCGUCGACUACUUCACCAUCCCGCCCUCAUUCGUCAGCAUAUAUCUCAACAGAACCUGGAUAGGGUUGCGGUUCCUUCGCGCCCUUCGCCUGAUGUCAGUCCCGGAUAUCCUGCAGUACCUGAACGUCCUCAAGACAUCGUCCAGCAUCCGGCUGGCGCAGCUGUGCUCUAUCUUCAUUGCUGUGUGGCUCACUGGCGCUGGUAUCAUCCAUCUGCUGGAAAACUCUGGUGAUCCCCUGGAGUUCACCAAUGCCCACCCAUUGUCAUACUGGACAUGUGUGUAUUUUCUUAUUGUCACCAUGUCCACUGUGGGUUAUGGCGACGUUUAUUGCCAGACUGUGUUUGGAAGGACUUUCCUUGUCUUCUUUCUCCUCGUUGGCUUGGCUUUGUUUGCAAGUAGCAUUCCCGAGAUUAUAGAGCUGGUCGGGAGCCGGUCCAAGUAUAGUGGAGAGUACAAGCGGGAGCAUGGGAAGAGACACAUCGUGGUAUGCGGCCACAUCACCUACGAGUCAGUCAGUCACUUCCUCAAAGACUUCUUACAUGAGGACAGAGAGGAUGUGGAUGUUGAAGUGGUGUUCCUUCACAGAAAGCCACCGGAUCUGGAGCUUGAAGGAUUAUUUAAGCGGCACUUCACCACAGUAGAGUUCUUCCAGGGCUCGAUAAUGAACCCCAUAGACCUACAACGUGUCAAGGUACAUGAAGCUGAUGCCUGCCUUGUGCUCGCUAAUAAGUACUGCCAAGACCCUGAUGCAGAGGAUGCUGCCAACAUUAUGCGGGUCAUCUCCAUCAAGAACUACUCUGAUGACAUCAGAGUCAUUAUCCAGCUUAUGCAGUAUCACAACAAGGCAUACCUAUUGAAUAUCCCCUCCUGGGACUGGAAGCGUGGUGAUGAUGUCAUUUGCCUGGCUGAGCUCAAAUUAGGCUUCAUCGCCCAAUCUUGCCUUGCUCCAGGCUUCUCUACAAUGAUGGCUAACCUGUUUGCCAUGAGGUCUUUCAAGACGAGUGACAAAGAUGGGACUAACUGGCAAGUCGAUUACCAAAAUGGCUCUGGAAUGGAGAUGUAUACUGAGGCGCUAAGCCCUUCAUUCGUCGAUCUUAUGUUUUCAGAGACAGCAUUACUUUGCUUCUCCAAGCUUAAACUUCUUCUCUUGGCCAUUGAAGUCAAGAAUGAGGAUGGCACAGAUAGCAAAAUUGCCAUCAACCCAAAAGCCACAAAGAUCCAGCCAAACACUCAAGGCUUCUUCAUUGCUCAGUCAGCUGAUGAGGUCAAGAGAGCAUGGUACUACUGCAAAGCCUGUCAUGACGACUGCAAAAAUGAAACCCUUAUUAAAAAGUGCAAAUGUAAAAACUACAUCGGAAAUUUGCUUCAAGCGAGCGGUUUCAUGAAGAACUUUAUGCCCCUCGUGGUGGAAAGCGGGCCGGGGAAUGAGGGCGACAAGAUGCCGCUCAGAGAUGGAAUUGCCAACCAGAACAGCAGUAGUGGACAGCCCUUGGUGAAUGCAGCCAAAACGCUAGCAACUGCCAAGAAGAAUGGUGGACGACCCACAGACGCCCUCACCUCCCCCAGCCAGGGCUACAACCGGCUGACAGAGGAGAGCACGUACAGCUAUCACCUCAGCUACGAGGUCAAGAAACUCAUGCCUACCAGCCGCAGCAGUGGGGGAGGAAAUGGUGCCAACAACAGUGGGCUUACAGUAGGAAUUGCAGACGACCAAGCCAAGGACUUUGACUUUGAGAAAACAGAGAUGAAGUAUGACUCUACAGGGAUGUUCCACUGGUGCCCAGCAAGGUCUUUGGAGGACUGCAUUCUGUCUCACGACCGCAACCAGGCGGCCAUGACGGUGCUGAACGGCCACGUGGUGGUGUGUCUGUUCGCGGACCCCGACUCGCCGCUGAUCGGCCUGAGGAACCUCGUGAUGCCUCUCAGGGCCUCCAAUUUCCACUACCACGAGCUCAAACACGUGGUCAUCGUGGGCUCCGUCGACUACAUCAGACGCGAGUGGAAGAUGCUGCAGAAUCUGCCCAAGAUCUCCGUUCUCAAUGGGUCGCCGUUGAGUCGAGCAGAUCUGAGAGCAGUCAACGUGAACCUGUGCGACAUGUGUGUUAUCCUGAGCGCGAAGGUCCCCAGCAACGAUGAUCCGACCUUAGCUGACAAGGAAGCCAUCCUCGCCUCCCUCAACAUCAAGGCCAUGACCUUUGAUGACACCAUUGGAGUCCUUAAUCAGAAUCCCAGUACUGGUGGCGACACCCUGAGUCCACUAGGCUCCCCCAUAGUGCUGCAGAGACGUGGCUCCGUGUAUGGUGCCAAUGUCCCCAUGAUCACAGAGCUCAUCAAUGACAGCAACGUUCAGUUCCUCGACCAAGAUGACGACGAUGACCCAGACACCGAGCUCUACCUGACGCAACCGUUCGCCUGCGGUACAGCCUUUGCUGUAUCUGUCUUGGACUCCCUCAUGUCUACGACCUAUUUCAACCAGAACGCUCUUACGCUCAUUCGCUCACUCAUCACUGGAGGAGCAACGCCAGAACUAGAGCUGAUCCUGGCAGAGGGUGCGGGACUACGGGGAGGAUACAGCACGCCCGAGACACUUGCCAACCGCGACCGCUGUCAAGUGGGGCAGAUCUCCCUCUACGACGGUCCUCUUGGCCAGUUCGGGGAAAGCGGGAUUUACGGAGACCUCUUCUGCGCGGCCCUGAGGAACUAUGGCAUGCUAUGUAUUGGUCUCUACAGAACACUCCGUAUGAGUCCUCAAUCUGGCGUUGGUUUGGACUGCAGAUUCCGCGACACCUCAAGCUCGUGUGACGCGUCGUCCAAGCGGUAUGUGAUAACCAACCCACCAGAUGACUUCAAGUUGCUGCCCACCGACCAGGUCUUCGUUCUGAUGCAGUUCGACCCAGGCCUGGAGUACAAGCCUAACCGGGGAGACAUGGCCAAGGAUGACAACUCCUGACUCCUCCUCUGUAGCGCCCUCACUGACGGACCCUACUCCUACAUCUGAAAGAGUCCAGCGCUGCACCCACACCACACCAACACCACCACACACCACCCGCUCAUCACACGCUGCCACCCACCGCCCGCCAUCUGUGCCCGCCCGUGAGUGCAGCAGCGAAUGGUAGCGGCCACGUGCUGUGCCUCAGCCGUCCUCCCCAGUACAGUAUUUCCCUCCCCAGAUCUCCUGCUCUUCCUCUCUACCUUCCUUCUCACUUCCUCUGCUUCCUUCCCCUCACUCCCUCCCCCAGUACUAUCCACGCCCCAUUGUAGCCACCCCACAUCCUCCCCGUAUAUCUUCUAGUGGGUUUUUGGUCUGUUGUGUUCCGUAAGGUCCCAGCACAAGAAGAGGUGCCAGACAGACACCUCGCAUCAUGAGCAGGUGGCCCCAUGUGUGCUUUGUCACCCUAAGUUCAUAUAUGUUCGAGCUGUUCUGUGUAUACUUCUUUUGGUUGCAGGAAUGAACUAACAAAAACACCUCAUUUUAUCUUCAGUCUUUGGCAUCUUUGAAUUAUAUGUAUAUCGAUGUCCUGAAUGAGUAUUUUUUGUGUAUUAUUCUUGACUUUUGUGUGGGAUCGCGGACUUUUGAGAUAGGGAAAAAUUCACAGUUGAAAUAGAAUGUUCCAGCUAUGCAAGUUGCUACCUUGACUCACUCGCUAGUGCCCCAGGUGGUAGGGCGUAGCUCCAUUGUCAGACCCGAGUUUAGUGUUCCGUUGUCAGCCUGCACAUGCCCGGCUCACAGACACACCGGCUUUUUAAAGCCGAUCCUGUCAAGUCUCACCUGCAGCAAGUGCUCAUGUAUUCAGGGUCCUUCAGACUGUCCUGGACGCCUGCCACACGCCUAGUAACUCAUGGAUCUCAACGGAAGUGAGUAUCUGAUGAGGAACGAGCUGGGUGGCAGGGACGUGUGGGUUAGUCUGAGAGUGAGGAUGCUACAAUAGAAUGCUAAUUUUUUUUAGCAGAUCUUGUUGAUGAUGUAUUAUCUUUCUGUACUCUGUGCAAAACUUUUUAGAUAGCAAAAGUGGUGUUAUUACUUCUUUCACCUUUUCUCUUGCUGUCUUAUGCUCUUCAUUGUGUUCUCAUAAUGUAAAAUUUUGUUUUUAAGUAUUAUGGAAUAAGAAGUUAUAGAUGAUAAUUUCCUCUUCUAAGCACUCAUAAUUUCAUGUAUAACCAGAGUAUCAAAAACUUCUGGCACAGAGGACAACCACGUUUUCACAAGCACCGUCUAGCCAGGGAUAGUUGUUCAGCAAGACUUAGGUCCAGACAUGUGUUUACAUGCGACUUGUUUAGAGAAGAGUUUGAAUAAAAUAUUGAGUGUUAUAGUUUUUUACUUAGUUAUGUAAAGUUGAUAAAAGUUUUCUGACAUGCAUCAUUGUGAACAAAGUUCUCGUCUAGCAAGUUGAAAAAAAGCUGUCAAAAUGUUGUAAAGAGAAAAAUGCAUUUUGCAAAUCAAAAUUGUUGGCGCUAUGUCCGUGAAGCGCCGUGUUGCUCGGCCCUCUUAGGUCCAGGGCCUUGCGUGGUCACGUGACUCUAUGAUGUCACGUGUGGCCGGCACCACCACCACCUUAGUAGCGGGGUUGCAGCAUUAGCACAGCUAGAGAGGACACUGUAGGCUUCUAGCUUGUUGCACUCGAGCUACACCUCCAAUGGAGAGUUCUCACGUGAGCGAGGUCAUCCCAACAUCAAAGUUACUGAAAUCUUGUGGUGGCCACGUCUUUUGGUGGAACGCAGGUCCACUUCUUGCUCUUCAUUAUUCAUGUUAUCAGCACAUGUUAAUUCACAAUCUCGCUGUGACCAUGUCCAAUGGAAAUCCGGGAAUACAUUUAUACAUGUGCACCCACGGCCAGGUCCACUGUGGCCCACCAGAAUGUGGCCACCCAGGAUGUGUUGUGGUGUCCGUGUCCACUGGUGGCCCACCACAAUCGGGGUUUGGAGGGUUUUCCCCCAUUCUGCUGAGCCACGGCGACCCCUGUGAUCAUAUCCUAGUUUGUAUGGUAUGCCAUUCCACAUUUUCUGAUGUUUACAUAAUCCUGUUUUGAUCCACAGUGUGCGAAGCUGUAUAAUCCUUGUUUAUAAAUAUUCCUUGUUCCUACAUAUGGAAACCUUGAGAACUUAUGGCCCAUUGUGGCCCUUAUUAUAAUCAGUGAGAGUUCACUGGUCAAUGCUUGAGUGUUAAUAUUCACCAGAGUGUCGUUCAUGUCUACUCAUGCAUAUUCUCUCGAGUCCUCAUCAUAAGAAAGGUGUGCUGCACUUAAGUAUCUCUACAUAAACGUUGACAGUUGCGCAGCCGUGGUGGGUAAGGCUUCGCUCUGCCUGCCACGGUGCUGCUGCUGCCGCUGCUAGACGUGAUGCGCACGCGAGCCGGGGCCCCCUCCUCCAGGACUCUCCCAGCGCUGCCCUCUGGUGGCCUAUGUGCUGUCAUUGCCUUACAAAUGCCAAGAGCUUAAUAAGUUUUCAUCUCUUCAAUCAUGGCUUUUUAUCUUUUUCGAAAUGUACCACUGACCAGUGAGAGGGUGUUGGGGUAUGUCAGCAGAUGUCCACAAGUGUAGAAUACGUGUGCUCUGAAAGGCCAUAAAAAUAUGUAAUGAAGUGUUUGAAAAGUAGAUAAAAGCGUUUGUGAAAUCAUCUUAGAAAAGAGAUAUUAGUGUUCAGUUUAGUUUAUUGUGAAUAUGCUCACCAAACCGAGCUAGAAAGAAGAAAAUGGAAACAGAAAAAAUUAACAACACAAGAUAACCAAAUAGUUGCAAGUCGAAACGAGAAGCCACCCAACAACCCUUGCGUCUUCAACCAUUAUGACUUCUACAACAACAAGACCAACAGCUACAAGUGGCAGCACACUGAGCCGACUGCCCCACUCCUGCCAGGCUCUGUGGUAGGUGGGGUCAGGGGGUGGGUUCCUCGUUGUCCCAGAACCCACUUUUGCAACACUAUUAUCUGGAGUGCGAACACCUUAUGUAUUGAUUAUUCCCCUUCUCACCGGCUCUACCCUGACUCCGCCUGCCUGGGGAACUGCUGGUCAUGCAGUAUCAUGGCAUGAUUGAACCAUACUGGGAAAUAAAGAAGACAUACCCACUAGAUACAUAAUGAAAUGUGAUAUGUAAUAUAGACCAGGUGUCAUCUACUGCAUGAUAAUCGUGCUGCUUUCUGAAAUGUUUAUGAAAUCACUGUAUACUAUUCAUUCUUGUAUUUCUUCCUAUCAUUAUCAAAUACUUUUUGUAUAUUUUGUGUCCACUUGUGUUUUCCCUGCCUUCUGCUCUGGCCGAAUUGAUAAUGCAUAACAUUGGCGCUACAGCCUCCUCUCAGCACCAGUGCCUUGAAAGGCCUGCUGUCCCAUUGUAAACAUGAAAGACUCAAGAGACACCUAGCUUGUCUGCUCACAGGGGAGGGUUUGACCGACCACAGGCGAGAGGGGGAAACGAUUCCAAGCCACAAAGAGACACAUGGUGCCUGAGAGCAGGUCGUAUGCGCCGUCCUGGGGUUUUCCUAUCAGUAAAGGGGAAAUAUUUGGGGUUUAUGCACCGUUGGAUUUCCAUAUAUCAUGACUUAGGCGAGGUUUGGUCCUGGCAAGUCCCUCCCAUCCGCCUAUGGCCUCCAGGUCUUCCUUCUUGUUGCAAGAAGGGAAUAAGUCCUGCUCGAAGCGGGCGGACGGGACUUGCAGCGCCACCUGCGCCUUCUUUCAUACUUCUUUGUUCUGAAUCAGAGAGGUAAUCCACUGUUGACGUUUCUUAUCUCUGAUCUGUUACCAGUUAGGUCCUGUUCAAUCUUUGUUGAGCCCCACAGCAAACGGUGGCUCUGCUCUGCAAACACGCCUUACUAAGUCUUAUUUUGUUGCAGAAGCAAUAAGGCAAAAAACAGAAGUAAAAAAAAAAAAAAAGGUUUUCAGGAUUGCUUGUUAUGCAAACUGGCUGUAGUGAUUUAUGCAGAGAAUCUAAAUGGAACGUGAAUUUCAGAUUUUUCUACGCUGCUGUACAUGUACAUGUGAUAAAUGUUAUACAUAGAGGAAUUGUGCUGGAGAUCCCGGUCGCGAAGAUGGUCUCUUUGUGUUAAUAUAUUGAUAGAUUUAUAUUGGCUUUGAUCUGUAUCUUUGUAUUGUUGUUUUAAACGAAUGAAACUAAACAAAUGCGAAGUUAUUACUUCUUGUGAAUGUGGGAUAUUUCCUGAACUAUUGUAGAGGUGUUAUGUAGCAGGCUACUACUAUGAGGAGAAACUUUUUUUUAAAUCAUGACAGGUGACGGUUCAUUAGUGCAGAAGAAAAUAGAUAGGUAGAAUAAUCCAUAGCGACCUUCAUGACCGGGACCCGAUGCACUGUUUCUUCAUCCUACAAGUUACCAUCCAGUGGCAGAGGUCGGAAGUGCAGACUUCCCGCUGGUCCGACGUGACUCAAAGGAUCUAGAGUCCUGCAGCUGACAAGUCGCACUCCUUGUGUGGGAGGGCGGUAGAUCAGACGGGGGCUGUAGUUCCCUGUCAUGCAUGCGCCGGUCAGCGGCCUCAGUCCUCCGCAGCGCUGAUAAGAAGGGUCGCAACUGCACUGCGUAAGAGAUGCAACCAAGAGGAAAAGAGGCAGUUAAGCCAGUCACAAUUCCGGAAGGUUUUGUGACGUGACUCGGCCUGCCUGCCGCCAAAACAAUUCGCCCAUCGUCUCUGUGAGAGUGGGGGUUUCAGAUGUCAGUUUUGUUGAGGAUUUUCCUAAGAUAACGCAGUUCGUUCUUAUCAGCUGUUGUUGCUUACCGAUCUCUGGUUACUCCCACGAGAAGCCACGCCCACACCUCAAAACAGAAGUAGCAGACACAACAACACACUCCACACACCACACAACACGGACCUCUACACCCAAACACAUAUCAUGAGCCCUCCCGCUGUGUCAAAAGUAUGAAGAUGCAAUACAACACUUUCAUAGCCUAUUCCCUGCUGACGUGCGACAAAAUAAUCAAAAUAUUACAUAGUGACGUACGUAACAGGCCUUCGACUUCCCAUUUUCGUUCUUGUGAUGAGCAGGAAAGUAGAAUCCAAACCGCCAUCUUAAAAGUAGCUUAGAAGUAAAAAUGUUUAUGAAAACUUCAGGGUAUUAAGUAACUUCAUAAAACAGUAAUUAGUAAUUCGAGAAUUUUAAGGUACUUCAGCAAUAGUUGUUUUAACAAUAGAUUAAAGUGGAUGUGAAAAUUAAGAAGUAAUGCCAAAUUCUGUAGUUGAGCAAUUUGGUGGAUGGCAAAAAGGCGGGAACUUUACACUUGCUCUUAAUCAGAACGGCUAAAAUCCAUGCUAGACAUGUUAACCUCUCUCGCUUAUUGGCUUUUAAAAUAAAACCAAACAAAAAAUUAACAAGUUUAACCUUUUGCCAGAAGGGAAGUCAAAGUCCCGUAUGCACAAGCCCCGUACAAGAAACGUUGAUAUCAUAAUACAACAGUCAACUGUGGGUGUUUUCAGUGGCAAAUAGCGGGAAUAUGAAGACGUGUUAAUAUUUGUUUAAUGUAAGUAUUACACUACUGGUUCAGAACUGUUUUUAUUUGAAUAUUUGAACAGCAAUAGAAUAAAUGCACCUCUGUUGUUCCAGAGUUUACUUAACCUUAUUAAUAUGGUUCUCUGUAAUAUAUUGAUUGUUGAUUAAAACACAAAAGAGUGUACAAAA